AUGAUUUAUUUGAAGAAGCUUUUAAAUCCUUGGAAGUUUUCACUUAUUGAAAGAUUAAAUUUACAAAAUACAAAGUUUAUCGAUGCUUCUAUGAUUCUCAAGCAGCAGUGGAAACUUAUUGGGGAUUGUAAACUCAUUCCGUUAGGUUUAGGACUUGAGUUCUGGAAAGAAAAAAAUUUAUUUGAGAUCUAUAAGGAAAUUGGAACUCCAAUCAAGAUUGAUGUAGCUACUACAAAAUGUGAAAUUGGGUACUAUGCUAAUGUAUUGGUUGAGGUGGAUUUUGCUCAAUCAAUACCUAGCAAAAUCUGGAUUAACACAAAAUAUGGAGGUUUCUUCCAAGAAGUAUUGAUUCAUGAUUGUCCAAAUUUUUGUACCACCUGCAAAAUAGUUGGUCACUUAAUUACUGAGUGUUAUGCGGAAAGGAAUAAAAACAAAACUCCUGCUCCUUCUUUCAGAGCAGUUUCACACAAAAACAAACCAGCUGAUGUUCCUUUUGAUAUAUGUGAUCCAGCUUCCAGAGAGGAAGACUCACUAGUAAAUUCAAUUGAUACAACAACAAUUAUUAGGUCAUCAGCAGAAAUUGGUUCUCCUAAGACUGGCAGGUUUGAUUCUAUGGUGGAACAGUCAGAAGAAGUCAGUUAUUAUGGAAGUACCAAAAUUUUUGGAAGUAGCAGAACUGUGCAGAACAUUGUUAUCAAAUUUGUUAAUGGAAGUAAUGGAAAGGUGACAGAAGAAGCUAUUCCAGUUACAUCUUGGGCCAAAAUAGUAGAAAAAGAAAUGGUAAUUGAUAAUCCAUCAGGAAAGAAUAAUUCAACAAGUACUUCUAUUGCCAAAACUCCAGAGCAGCAAAAGAGAAAGUAG